AUGCAUGCAGACUUGGACAGAUACAUUUACAAUGCUGCUUGCACCAGUUUUAUUUUUCUUUGCAUCUUCCAUAAAGAUUGUCUCAGGGGCAGAUUGGUGCUACCAGUCUGAAUUUACAUGCAGUAACGCCUGCCCAGGGCCAGACGCAUGGGGAAGAGUUUCACAGCACUGCCGCGGCAGAUCUCAGUCUCCGGUGAACGUUGUUACAAAGAGAGUGCUACCAGAUGGACGACUCACUCCUCUUCAGUUCAUUGGCUAUCAAGACACUUUUCAUGGUCGCCUCAUAAACACUGGUCACAAUGUUCAAUUGGAUUUGCCCCAAAGUAUAAGGAUCAACGGAGGAAAUCUGGCUGCACCAUACAGGGCACUUCAACUUCACCUGCACUGGGGUAAAGAUGGAGGUCCGGGAUCUGAACACAUGAUUGACGGAGAACAAUUUCCAAUGGAGAUGCAUAUUGUCCACAUAAAAGACGAAUACAACUCUUUAUCCCAGGCUGUAAGAGACCGCACAGGUGUGGCUGUUCUUGGAUUUUUCUUUCAGGUGUCCGAGUCUGCAAAUAAGAAGUUUGACCCCCUGAUAAAUGCUCUGAAAUAUAUCACACAACCCACCAACAGUACAACCCUGAGAGGUGUAUCCCUGGAAAUGUUCAUUCCUCCUCAGAAGAAUUUGGCCAAGUACUUUCGCUAUGAUGGCUCCCUCACUACACCUAACUGUGCAGAAGCUGUCGUCUGGAGCCUGUUUGAAAACACCAUCCCUCUCGGCAGGAAACAGCUUGCUGCAUUCUCCCAGCUUCAGUUUCUGAAUGGAAAGGACAUGGUUAAUACCUACAGACCAGUGCAGACCUUGAAUGGACGGCAGGUGUAUUACUCCGGGAGCCAUGUUGCUGUGGUUAGCUCUGUGCUACUCAUCAUAUCAGUGCUGGUAUCCAGUGCACUCUCCGUGUACACUACAGAAUAAAAACUCUGUCUAAUUUUACACGACUGUGAUGAUUGUCAAAUACACAAGAUGUAACUGUAAUGUAUAUCUAAAUGUAAAUUAUGUAAGUGUGAAUCUACUGUAUGCACUGUGUGUGAUUUUACAAGGACAACCUCAUCCUUCAAAACACAAGUCAUAAGGAUUUUCUCUCUUUGUUUUGUAUCAAAUAUGAAUUGUAUAUUUAAAGGACCAGUGUGUAGGAUUUGUGUAGGAUAGGCAACCCCCUCGCCCCACCCUCUCAUUCCAAGUGUGUAGGACAAAACUACAGUGGCUGUGUGGCCCUAUCUAGAGCCAGUGUUUGGUUUGUCCAACAUGAAGGGCUCCACUUCCUCUGUAGAGAUAAAAGACUCGUUCUAAGGUAACAAAAACACGAUUCUGCUUUUCAGGUGAUUAUAAUGAAAACAUACCUAUUAUGUUCUAUUUCUGCCAAUAGAUCCUCCUAUUGUUGUAUAUUUAUCAUCUCAACAUCUCAUAACUGAUGUAUUUUUUUGAUUUCUGAAAUAAAAACCGUUUUAACGAUGA